UGAAGAUUUGAGGCAAGAAAAGCAAAGCAAACAAAAUUGAAUAAACUAUACUACCUAUGAUUGUUUUACGAUUGUGUAUUUACUACAUAUAUGGAAUUAGGAACAAUGGAAAAAUUUUGGAAGUAAAGUUAUGGUUACAGUACAUGAAGCAAUAAUAGGUAUAAUAAUGGAAGAAAAAACAAUAGCUAAAUACUGUUUGGGUUGUUUGGUGAAAAGCAAUGAAUUUCCCUUGGAGCUGAUUACUUUACAAAACGAAGGUUUAAAAGCUAUAUUGCAGAUGGACAAGUUGCUUUUAUGUUACAUCUGCAAGAAGAUCGCUCAACAUGUAGAUUUAUUCAUACAGAAUGUCCAAAGUAAUCAGAUUUUGAUGGAGAACUUUAGUAUUGAUGCAGAUUCAGCUUUUGAAAUAAUAAGAUCCCAGACUCAACCUUUUAUAGCCUUAAGUCGUAUAUCGCUGGAGAGUAUAUCGCUGACUGAUGAUGGCGUCAUCACCGAUGAACAGUUUUUAACGUUCCACAGUUCCAAUAAGGUGAAGAUCAAGCUUGAGGAAGUUAAGGAAGAAAGUGAAUUCCCGGACCACCUCGAAGGAGAGUUUGUGGAUGAUUCAGACUUCCACGCCCAAUUUGUAAAGGAGGAAGAUGAUUUUCCACUAAAAGAGUUGUUUAAAGUUGAAUUAAAGAAUAGUAUAAACUCCAAGCACAGAAAAAGGUCUGGCAAGAAACACAAAAUCAAUACUAAAACUAAGGUAAAACAAGAGGAUAAUGCCAAGAUAUUGGAUAAAGAUAUUACAGCAGUAGAACAAAUAUUUAUAACCAGGGAACAAUGUAUGAAAGAGAGAGAGAAAAAACUGAAAGAUAAAAUCUAUUUGGACGCCAUUUUUAAGUGUGUGGACUGUAUUAAAGGGUUCACAUUCAAAGCUAGCUACGACAAGCACAUGGAAAAACAUAGUGAGAAAAUGGGCGACUAUGAGUGUGAUAUAUGCAGACAAAGAAUGAACUCUGAAGAUAAAUUACUAGGGCAUAAGAAAUACCACGAAAUACGUUACAAAUGCGGCGCGUGCGACUUAACAAGAAUAUGUAAAACAACGAUAAUGGAUCACUACGCUGUGUUUCAUUGCUAUGACUUCCUACAACACGUCUGUUCCUACUGCUCUAAGCAGUUCAAACGAAAAGCGUCUCUUAGAAAGCACAUUUUUAACCGACACAGACAAAAAGAGAGGGUUCUGUGUAUUUACUGCAGUAAAACGUACGCCAGUAUGGAGGUGUUGAAGUCUCAUAUGAUUACGAGGCAUCCAAAAGAAGUGUCAGCAGGCAAAAGGAGUAAAAAGUGCGUUUGUCAAGUCUGCGGCAUGGCGUUCGGUUCCCCGUCGCAGCUCAAGAAGCAUGGCUUGAAGCAUUCUGACCUUAGGGAACACUACUGUGUGGAAUGUGAUAAAAGCUUCAAGACCGAAGAGACGUUAAAAUACCAUUUGACAACAACCGCAUCCCAUGUCAAUUAUAUGGAAUUACCGUUUCCAUGCGUACACUGUGAUAAAAGGUUUGGGACAAAAAGGAACUUGGAACACCACACCAACAGAAUUCAUCUCAAAGUCAAACCUUUCCCUUGUGAUUGUUGUGAAAAGGCGUACGUAAGUAACUGGGCGCUAUCGGAACACAAGCGUCUUGUCCACGAGGGUUACAAGAGACCAUUGCGGUUCCCUUGUCCUAUGUGUGACAGAGUUUUUGACCGCAAUCAAAUCUUAAAGGCGCACUUGCGCACGCACACAGGCGAGCGUCCGUAUCAAUGUCCGCAAUGUCCGGCCUCGUUCGGACAGUCCAGCGCACUCGGGACACACAACAAGCUGGUACACCUCAGACUCACCAGGGACGGGAAACCUAAGUCCAGCGUCAAAUGAAUUGACAUUGAAUUGUGAAUUAUUAAAAAAAAAAAAAACAUGUUUAUUGGACACUAGAUGUUGCCCGGGGCCUCGCUCCCGCGGGAAUUUUGAGAUAAAAUAUAGCUUAUAGUAAUCUUGGAUAAUGUAACUUUCUAAUGGUGAAACAAUUUUUGAAAUCGGCGCGGUAGUUACGGAGAUUAACCCUAUAAUAGUAUUAGAUGUCAGUUUUGUCACGAGCGUGGCAAAAUAAAUCAUAUCCGUGCAUU